AUUCUGCGAAAAGAUUUGGAUAAACAAUUUCUAUUUCUUGUUGAUUUAUUGAAGUAACACGCUCAUCAGAAAAUCCAUAAAUUUCAGUACUUUUCGAUUCGAUUAAUGAUUCUAAUCACAUCUGUAGAUGAAUAUCUCGGCUAUUGCAUUACGGCCCAUUUGUCAUCUAUAUCAUCGAUUCGACCGUAUCUUCGAGUAGUUUAUUCCAAGGAACGUCAGAAAUACAGCUACAAAAAGACAACGGUAAUCCAGAAAUCUCCAUGGCUGCUUACAUUUGCCUCUAAAGGAAUUGAUGUCAGAGAGGUGGAUUAUAUGCAUCCUAAUGAUAUGUCACACGCCAUGAGAAACGUGGAUCAGAUAAUUCUUUCUUUGGAUAGUUAUCCAAAUCGAGUAGAACGCUGCAAAUACAUUUGUGAAGUGGCAGUAAGGUCACAUGUUCGUUCCAUUAUCUUUUUGUCUCAUGUCGGCGCAACAACAACCUUAAUGGAAGAUGAGAACGGAGGAUAUCAAGCUCUGUCAGAUUACGGGAGAAUUGAAAAUCAUCUUGUGCAAUUGCAAGAAGAAGGCGAGAAGGACAUGCCACAUUGUACGAUUUUGAGGCUGGAUUGGUUACAGCAGCAUUUUCACUUAUGGAGUUUUCAGACAGAAGCAACAAGAACAAUCGCACUUCCCCUUUUCGAGGACGUUAAAAUCUGUCCUAUUGAUAUAUCAGAUGUUUGUCAGGUGAUAUUUCGGCUUGUCACUGAUGACAAUGGCAACAUUUUGACAGAUUUAAAAGAUAGUCAUAGUGGGCAAGUGUACAUUUUGGCAGGUCCUUGCGCAAUGACAGUUAGGGAUAUUGUUGGAUAUUUAAAGGAGGCGACUGAAUACCAAAACUUUGGUCUCAAAGACAAAACUAUAACACAGUCGAUAGACACCGGCCAUUAUUUAAAGCACCUUUCACAAAAUUUACGGUUUGAUAAACGCUUGAAAAUGGAUCGGAUAAAGGCAUACCAGGAUAACCUUGAUGGACGUCUGGCUUAUAGAAAUUAUAUUCUAUGGUCACCUACAGAUCUUCAGAUACAAACCUACCUGGAUUAUUUUGAUUGUGUCAACAAGACUUCCGCAAGCGUUGAUACUAAUACUAUUGAAUUUCUCUUACGCGGUUAUGCACCUAGAACAUUACGGAACUUCUUCUUUGAGAAUGCUAUCAGCUUUAAACCUAGAGUGUAACUUUCAGAUGCGAAGGAAUAAGAUGCAGACGAGUUAAUGUGCCACAGUCUAUAGAUGCGGGAAAUCAAUUUAUAUCUGAUAAUGAAAAUAAAACAAACAACAGUAAAACCGGCAACUCCCAUCAUUUUGUGCAUUUAUUCUUUGUCCU